AAAUAUUGAAGAAGUAGGUAGAGGUGGAUUUUCCGUAGUGUAUAAAACAUCAUAUGGAACGAAUGAUGAAGUUGCAAUCAAGAUAAUAAAAGAUUCACAUAAAAAUCAAAAACUCUUUUUAAAUGAGUUGAAGGCGUAUCAUGAAUUUCGCAAAUAUCGUGGUAUAUCAAUGGACAAAAAUACAGGAGACUUUAUUUUAGUGCUAAACUACGUAAGAUUUGGAUCAUUAUGUGAUAAUCUCAAAGAUAUAUUUAAAUUAGAAUGGAAAAUUAA